CUAUAGUGAUCUGUGAUGCUUAUGCCAUAAUUUGUGAGGUUGUUUUUUUCGUCAAACGAUUCUCCAUUCGAUUAGUUAUUAAUAAAUAUUUCAAAUAAUAUUAUAUUCAGAUGUAGGUCGAUCCACCAGAGUGUAUCAAUAUUAUUACAUUGAUAUUUAAUGUGUUAAUUUUCAUUCGAUAUACCAAGAUCGCUGACUAUAAAACAAAACAAAAAAAAGAAUAAUAUUUACACAAGUUUGAAGUUAGAGGUUUUAGUGAAAAUAAGAUGCCGUACGCCAACCAACCAUCUGUGCAUAUAACCGAAUUAACCGACGACAACGUGAAGUUUGUCGUUGAAGACACCGAACUAAGUGUCGCAAACAGUAUGCGACGUGUGUUUAUUGCUGAGACGCCGACAAUGGCCAUCGACUGGGUGCAGUUGGAAGCAAACUCCACCGUCCUGAGCGACGAGUUCCUCGCGCACCGCAUAGGUCUAAUCCCGCUUAUAUCUGACGAUGUUGUAGACAAAAUUCGUUACUCCAGAGAUUGUAUGUGUCCAGAUUUCUGCACCGAGUGUAGUGUAGAAUUUACACUAGACGUCAAAUGCACAGGAGAUCAAACUAGGCAUGUUACUACAGCAGAUUUAAAGUCAAGCGACCCUCGGGUUGUUCCAGUGACUUCCCGCCACAGAGAUGAGGACCAGGCUGAUUAUGGAGAACUGGAUGAAAUAUUAAUAAUCAAACUGCGAAAAGGGCAAGAGCUGAAGCUGCGGGCUUAUGCUAAGAAGGGAUUUGGGAAGGAACAUGCAAAAUGGAAUCCUACAGCCGGCGUAUGUUUUGAAUAUGACCCAGAUAAUAUCAUGAGACAUACUCUCUUCCCGAGGCCUGAUGAAUGGCCAAAAAGUGAACACACAGAAUUAGAUGAAGACCAGUAUGAAGCUGAAUUCAACUGGGAGGCAAAACCUAACAAAUUCUUUUAUAAUGUGGAGUCAUCGGGGGCAUUGAAACCUGAAAAUAUUGUCCUCAUGGGUAUUGUGGUGUUGAAAAAUAAACUUCUUAACUUACAAGUGCAGUUAGCACAGGAAACGCAGAAUGAUGCUCUAGCAAUUAAUUAAAUAUAAUUGAUUUAAAUUUAAA